CACGGCAAGCACAAGGUCGAUUUCCAUCUUAAAGGUGUGCCAACUGUGGGCAAGUUCAUCCAACGUGAUGCAGAGAUGAAGGCGCUAGAGCAGCUUCUCCUCGAAAACACAGCUACUGUCAGUCGACAGAAGGUUGUCGUGCUCCAUGGCCUUGGUGGCAUAGGUAAGACACAGCUGGCGGUCGAGUUCGCGCGGAAGCACCAUCGCCGUUUUAGCAGCGUCUUCUGGCUGGACGGGGAGUCGGAGGUUAGCUUAAAAGAGUCGUUCACGAGCAUGAUGCAGAGGCUGCCGCAGGGUGAGCUGACAGCAGAUGGUAAAGGGGUGCUGGGGUAUCCUACCGUUGACGUCGAUGUGGCUGUGCACGAGUGUCUUCGGUGGCUGUCUCUCGCGACCAAUCAGCAUUGGCUGCUAAUCUUCGACAAUGUCGACCGCGACCACCAUGACAAAAAUGACGCGCAGGCGUAUAGUGUGAAAAUGUACUUCCCCAGCACAGACAGUGGGUCGAUUCUUGUCACUAGUCGGCUGGCUAGUCUGCAGAGGCUCGGAUCGGGGCUCAAGGUAGGGGCGGUCGGGAUGGAGCAGGCGAGAACCAUUCUAGAGAGCAACGCUGGAAAGAUGGUUGAGGAUGCAGACGUGAUUCUCGAACGACUAAGCGGGCUUCCUCUAGCGCUGACCCAAGCUGGCUCGUACAUGCAGGAGACUAACGUGUCCGCUUCAACCUACGUUAAGCAUUACGACAAGACCUGGGAGAGACUGAUGCAUAUACAAGGAAGAUUCCCAUUAGAGGAGUACGGCGACCGCAACAUGUUGACGACGUGGACCAUAUCCUACGAACAAGUGAAGAAGGAAAGCGAGGACGCGGCGUGGCUGCUCAAGCUGUGGGGAUUUCUGGACCACGGCGAGCUUUGGUACGAACUAGUUGCCGCUGUAUCACGACUAUCUGAAGAAAUGGAUGUGCCAAGGUGGCUAUCUCAAGCUGCAGAGGACGAGCUAGCGUACGCUGAGGCGGUAGGUCUUUUGUCGCGCUACUCGCUCGUGGAUGCAAGGGAGGGCAGCAACAGCCAUUCAAUGCAUUCGGUGCUGCAUCGAUGGUGUGGGCGGCUAGUAGAAGGCCAAGAGAAGCACGUUCUUGGUUGCAUUGCAGCUGGCAUAGUGGCGUUGACUGUUCCGUUUAGAUCAGAGGCGGAGUUCUGGGGGAAGAAGAAACGACUGUUAGGGCAUGCUCUAGGCGUGAGUGGGUGGUUGAUAAGGGUAUACUUGUCUAAAGAGGAAGAUACCGGUGUAGGCAUGCUAAAAGAGGGGAUAUAUCACAGUUUAGGCUACGUUCUUGCAGACGAAGAUCGACAGAGGGCGGAGAAGAUGUACCAGCGAGCGCUGCAGGGCUACGAGAAGGUAUGGGGACCAGAGCACACAUCAACACUCAACACGGUGAAUAAUUUGGGUACCCUCUAUGCAGACCUAGGACGGCUAGACGAGGCAGGGAAGAUGUACCAACGAGCGCUGCAGGGCUACGAGAAGGCAUGGGGACCAGAGCACACAUCAACACUCGACACAGUUCAUAACUUAGAACGGCUAGACGAGGCAGAGAAGAUGUUCCAACGAGCGCUGCAGGGCUACGAGAAGGUAUGGGGGCCAGAGCAAACAUCAACACUCAACACAGUUUGUAACUUAGGUUCCCUCUACUCGAAGCUAGAACGGCUAGACGAGGCAGAGAAGAUGUACCAGCGGGCGCUACAGGGCUACGAGAAGGUAUUAGGACCAGAGCACACAUCAACACUCAAUACAGUUCAUACCUUAGGUAUCCUCUACUGGAAGCUAGAACAGCUAGACGAGGCGGAGAAGAUGCUCCAGCGGGCGCUACGGGGUAAAGAGAAGGCAUGGGGACUAGAGCACACAUCAACACUCCAUACAGUUAACAAAUUAGGUGCCUUCUAUGCGAAGCUAGGACGGCUGGACGAGGCAGGGAGGAUGUACCAACGAGCGCUGCAUGGCUAUGAGAACGCGUUUGGACCUAGUCAUCAAAAGUGCAAAAGGCUUCGAAACAGGCUUACUUCGUUAGGUCUAGAAUCUGAUAAAGCCGAUGUAUUGAGAGCAAAGUGUUUGGCGCAAAGACCUAGUACUAUGGACAUUUCUGCGAACAUCCAGAUGGAAGAAGCUAAGCCAGCUUCUAGACGGCACAAACUCUUUCGCAGAUUUAGAUGA